CCUGUGCUCGAAAUAAUCGAGCAUGGGCUUUUCUGGUCAAAACGUAUCUUGUCUUUAUUACUUUAUCAUGAGUUAUUUUCCUUGGUUAACAAUACUUGUUGUUUUGCCGAUAUUUGCAGGUUCAUUAAUUUUCUUUUUACCUCAUAAAGGAAAUAAAAUCGUUAGGUGGUAUACUAUAGCUAUUUGUUUAUUAGAAUUCCUUCUAAUGACUUAUGCAUUCUGUUAUCAUUUCCAAUUGGAGGAUCCUUUAAUCCAAUUAAAGGAGGAUUCUAAAUGGAUAGAUGUUUUCGAUUUCCACUGGAGAUUGGGAAUCGAUGGACUUUCAUUAGGAUCUAUUUUAUUGACAGGAUUUAUCACUACUUUAGCUACUUUAGCGGCUUGGCCGGUUACUCGGAAUUCGCAAUUAUUCUAUUUCCUGAUGCUAGCAAUGUAUAGCGGUCAAAUAGGAUUAUUUUCUUCACGAGACCUUUUACUUUUUUUUAUCAUGUGGGAGUUAGAAUUAAUUCCUGUUUACUUACUUUUAUCCAUGUGGGGGGGAAAGAGGCGUCUGUAUUCAGCUACCAAGUUUAUUUUGUAUACUGCAGGCGGUUCCAUUUUUUUCUUAAUUGGAGUUCUGGGUAUGGGAUUAUAUGGUUCCAAUGAACCCGGAUUAGAUUUAGAAAGAUUGAUUAAUCAAUCAUACCCUACAACAUUGGAAAUACUACUGUAUUUUGGCUUCCUUAUUGCUUAUGCUGUCAAAUUGCCGAUUAUACCUUUACAUACGUGGUUACCAGAUACCCAUGGGGAAGCGCAUUACAGUACAUGUAUGCUUUUAGCCGGAAUUCUAUUAAAGAUGGGAGCAUACGGAUUGAUUCGGGUCAAUAUGGAAUUGUUACCGCAUGCUCAUUAUCUAUUUUCCCCUUGGUUGGUAAUAAUAGGAGCGGUGCAAAUAAUCUAUGCAGCUUCAACUUCUCUUGGUCAACGAAAUUUCAAAAAAAGAAUAGCCUACUCCUCCGUAUCUCACAUGGGUUUCAUAAUUAUAGGAAUUGGUUCCAUAACCAACAUUGGACUAAAUGGAGCUAUUUUACAAAUAUUAUCUCAUGGAUUUAUCGGUGCUACACUUUUUUUCUUGGCGGGAACGGCUUGUGAUAGAAUGCGUCUUGUUUAUCUCGAAGAACUGGGGGGAAUAUCUAUCCCAAUGCCAAAAAUUUUUACCAUGUUUAGUAGCUUUUCAAUGGCUUCUCUUGCCUUGCCGGGAAUGAGCGGUUUUGUUGCAGAAUUAGUAGUAUUUUUUGGACUAAUUACUAGUCCUAAAUUUAUGUUAAUGCCAAAAAUGCUAAUUACUUUUGUAAUGGCAAUAGGAAUGAUAUUAACUCCUAUUUAUUUAUUAUCUAUGUUACGCCAGAUGUUCUAUGGAUACAAGCUAUUUCAUGUUCCAAACAAAAAUUUUGUAGAUUCUGGACCACGAGAACUCUUUCUUUUAAUCUGUAUCUUUUUACCAGUAAUAGGAAUUGGUAUUUAUCCAGAUUUGGUUCUCUCGCUAUCCGUUGAUAGGGUAGAGGUUCUAUUAUCCAAUUAUUAUACUAAAUAGGAUUUUCUUUUUUAACCAGUCCGCUCUAUAUUCCAGAGUGGAAAAAUAAAAAAUUCAGAAAAAAGUAAAAAAGUCUAAUUAGAUCUAUCUCGAAUUUUUGAGAACCCCUUGAACGUCUUUUCAAAGGGUUCUCAAAUCAAACUAAAAAGGAAAAAAACCGAAGGUUUUAUGUUAUGUAAUUAUUUAGAUGGUAAUGUAAAUGAACCGUAACUAUGUAAACCUAUUCCUAACAGAUUGAUACCAAAAUAGCAGAUCCAAAUUAUAAGAAAUCCUAUCGAAGCUACAAGUGCGGAAUUCGUACCCUUCCAAUUUGGAUUUUUUCUACUAUGUAAAUAUAUUGCAAAUAUGGUCCAGGUAAUAAAUGCCCAAGUUUCCUUAGGAUCCCAAUUCCAAUAGGAUCCCCAUGCCUCAUUAGCCCAUACUGCUCCACAAAGAAUACCCACGGUUAAAAGAGUAAACCCUAGACUAAUGACACGAUAACUCCAAGAAUCCAAACGCUCAGUUAAUUGAUAUUUGUAAUAAUUUGGAAAUACGGGAAAAGAGGUGUUUUUUAAAGCACUUCUUUUUGCAUAUAAAUAUUCAAUCUCACUAAAGAAAAAUGUUUUAAGAAAAACAUUUUUCUUUAGUGAAAAGAAAUCGAAAUUCUUUCGAAAUCUAAUGAUUAGAAGAGCGGCGGAUAAUAAGGAUCCACACAAAAGAGUUGCAUAGCUUAGUAACAUCAUACUGACAUGCAUCAUUAACCACUGAGAUUGUAGAGCAGGUACUAGUAUUGUGGAUUGAUGCAUUUCAGUUAAAAGACCCGACGUGGCAAAGCCUUGCGUUAAAAUAGUACUUGGCGUAGUUAUUGUGCUUAAAUCAUUUUUCGAGUUCUGUAUCUUAGGAAUAGUAUGAAGAAUAUACAGAGUCCAUGAAAGGAAGAUCAAUGACUCAUAUAAAUUACUUAAUGGAAAAUGUCCCGAAGAAACCCAACGAGAGACUAAAAAUCCUGUUAUAGAGAAAAAAGUAGCUAUCAUUCCUUUUUCUGACGAAUCACGUAAUCCCCUAAGUUCACGAACUAAUAAGGUUAUCAAAUGAAUCGUAAUCACAAUUGAAAUGGUUGAGAAAGAGAUAUGAGUUAGUAUAUGUUCUAAAGUUGCAAAUAGCAUAACGAUAAGGUCCCAUUACAAAAUUGGAAAUUUCGAAUUGAAUCCAUUUUCUAAUUUAUUGUAUUCUUUUUCGAGAAUGCCGCCACUCGGAUUCGAACCGAGAUGCUUGAGCACUGCUUCCUAAGAGCAGCGUGUCUACCAAUUUCACCAUGGCGGCUAAUUUAAAAUAAUAGUUAACUUAAAAGAAUAAUAGUUAUUUUAUCGUGAAUCGUCGAGACUGGGAGAAGCCAUAGAAUUUAGGAACAUUAGAAGUUCAUCAUUAGAAGUUCAUCAUUAACUACAAUGAAAUGCAUUUUGUAUUUUAGAAAAAUUGAUAGAAUGAAAGCCUUUACACUCUUAUUAAUAUGAUGUACCAGUCCUAAACCCAUUUAUAUGGGAAUUUUGGAUAAGAUUAGGUGGAGGUUGUAAGUCCUAUUGCAAGAAUAGUCUACUUUUUAUAAUAGAAUCCUCGUUUUUAUGAGAAUUCUAUUAUAAAAAAAAGUUCUUUGAUAGGAAAAGAAUACUGAGGACACAAUAUACCAAAAACUUUUGUUCUAUAUAAUGAUAAUGGAGGGAUUCGUUCUAAGAAUAUUGUACCGAGGAAUUCGACACAUAAAAGUACAUUUAUUAAUUAAUCCGAAUUAUUCAUUCAUAUUAAAUAAUUGGAAUUUCUUUUGGAUAGUUCAAUUCAGAUUAUUUCAAAAUCUUAUUAUUUGUUUGCUUGUUGCCCAGAAAAACCUUUUGGUUUUGGAUGCUCGUUGCCCCUAGAAAAUGAUCUUGAUUUUGCUAAAGAAUAAGAUUGUACUAUGGAAAAAUAAGUCUUUUUUUUCCAAAGAUUUUUACGAAUACGCUUUUUUGACAUCGAAGUACGUUUUUUUGGAACUGCCAUUCAAAAAGGGAAUUACUUUUUUCUAGUUGUAUGUGAAAGACAUCUAUUGCCACAAAUCAAUCCUUCUUUCUGUUUUUUCUUAGUAUUUAUACUUAGAUACUGAAAGAUACUGAAAGAUACUUAAAUUCUAAAUUCUUCUUUAGUUCAUUUUGUCUAAUGUGGAUAAGACAAGAGUUUUUUAAGAUUUUCUAUUUAAAUCAAUUUCUAUAUCAAAUAUACUCCAUAUAUAAAUAUAUGGUAUGGGGGAUAAGCCCUCAUAUAAGAGGGGGAGAUAAAAAGAAGGUAAAAUUCAAUUCAAAUAGUUAAUUAAGUUCAGAAGGCUAUUCCAUAAUUGAAUUCCAAUAAAAAAAAAUACUUAGUCUCUUAAACAAGACAUUCUAAAACUUAGAGAAUUCUAGUCAUUAGGAUUUCCUUUUAUAUGAAAUAAGCAAUAUUCGAGAAUUUCCUAUAAAUAUAGGUUUUCUUUGGAAUUCAAUCAAUCAAUUACGAAACAAGAGAGCUCUUUUAUUUUAACAAAAAGAAAUACAAAAAUGAUUAGAAAGUAAAAUUAUUCAAUCUUUUUUUGUAUUUUAAUAAAUAUUUUUUUUUACUAAUAACUAGAUACCGAAAUUCUUUGAUUCACUUUUUGAAUUUAAGUAACUAAACCCAUUCUAAAUUUUGGAAUAUUUUAAUGAGAGAAAUUAGAAAAAUUCAUAAUUCCAGUAUUUUUUAUUUUUCUUAUUUUGUUUUUUUAAUUCCUUUAGAAAGAGAUAAGAAUAGGUUUGGUGAAUCGGAAACAAUUUUAUUUUAUAGAAAAAUUGAACUAUAAAUUUAAACUAAAAAUUGCUAUUUCUUUUCUUAUGGAACAUACAUAUCAAUAUGCCUGGGUAAUUCCUCUUCUCCCACUUCCAGUUAUUAUGUCAAUGGGAUUUGGACUUUUUCUUAUUCCUACAGCAACAAAAAAUCUUCGUCGGAUAUGGGCUUUUCCUAGUAUUUUACUCUUAAGUAUAGCUAUGGUAUUCUCACUUCACCUGUCUAUUCAACAAAUAAAUGGAAGUUCUAUCUAUCAAUAUCUAUGGUCUUGGACCAUCAAUAAUGAUUUUUCCUUAGAAUUUGGAUACUUGGUCGACCCCCUUACGUCUAUUAUGUUAAUACUAAUUACUACUGUAGGAAUCUUAGUUCUUAUUUAUAGUGACGAUUAUAUGUCUCACGAUGAAGGAUAUUUGAGAUUUUUUGUUUAUAUAAGUUUUUUUAAUACUUCCAUGUUAGGAUUGGUUACUAGUUCCAAUUUGAUACAAAUUUAUUUUUUUUGGGAACUUGUCGGAAUGUGUUCCUAUUUAUUGAUAGGCUUUUGGUUUACGCGGCCAAUUGCAGCGAGUGCUUGUCAAAAAGCUUUUGUAACUAAUCGUGUAGGGGAUUUUGGUCUGUUAUUAGGAAUUUUAGGUUUUUUUUGGAUAACGGGUAGUUUGGAGUUUCGGGAUUUGUUCAAAAUAGCUAAUAACUGGAUUCCUAAUAAUGGGAUUAAUUCCUUACUUACUACUUUGUGUGCUUUUUUAUUAUUCCUUGGUGCAGUUGCAAAAUCUGCACAAUUUCCUCUUCACGUAUGGUUACCUGAUGCUAUGGAAGGACCCACUCCUAUUUCGGCUCUUAUACACGCAGCAACUAUGGUUGCUGCGGGGAUUUUUCUUCUAGCUAGACUUCUUCCUCUUUUCAUAUCCCUACCCUGGAUAAUGAGUUUCAUUUCUUUAAUAGGUACAAUAACACUCUUCUUAGGAGCCACUUUAGCUCUUGCUCAGAGAGAUAUUAAAAGAAGCUUAGCCUAUUCUACAAUGUCUCAAUUGGGUUAUAUGAUGUUAGCUCUAGGUAUAGGUUCUUAUCAAGCUGCUUUAUUCCAUUUGAUCACUCAUGCUUAUUCGAAAGCUUUAUUGUUCUUAGGAUCCGGAUCCGUUAUUCAUUCAAUGGAACCUCUUGUUGGAUAUUCACCAGAUAAAAGUCAGAAUAUGGUUCUUAUGGGUGGUUUAAGAAAAUACGUUCCAAUUACAAGAACUACUUUUUUAUGUGGUACACUUUCUCUUUGUGGUAUUCCACCUCUUGCUUGCUUCUGGUCCAAAGAUGAAAUCCUUAGUAAUAGUUGGUUGUAUUCACCCUUUUUUGGAAUAAUAGCCUCUUUUACUGCAGGAUUAACUGCAUUUUAUAUGUUUCGGAUAUAUUUACUUACUUUUGAUGGGUAUUUGCGUGUUCAUUUUCAAAAUUACAGUAGUACUAAAGAAGGUUCGUUGUAUUCAAUAUCCUUAUGGGGAAAAAGUAUAUCCAAAGGAGUCAAUAGGGAUUUUGUUUUAUCAACAAUGAAGAGUGGAGUUUCUUUUUUUUCACAAAAUAUACCAAAAAUUCCUGCUAAUACAAGAAAUAAGAUAGGAUCCUUUAGUACUCCCUUUGGGGCUAAAAAUACUUUUGUCUAUCCUCAUGAAACGGGAAAUACUAUGCUAUUUCCUCUUCUUAUAUUACUACUUUUUACUUUGUUCAUUGGAUCCAUAGGAAUCCAUUUUGAUAAUGGAGUAAAAGAUAAUAGAAUAUUGGAGUUAACCAUAUUAUCAAAGUGGCUAACUCCUUCAAUAAACUUGUUCCAGGAAAAUUCUAAUUCUUCCAUAAAUUCAUAUGAAUUUCUCACUAAUGCAAUUUCUUCUGUAAGUUUAGCAAUUUUUGGUCUAUUCAUAGCAUAUAUCUUUUAUGGAUCUGCUUAUUCUUUUUUUCAGAAUUUGAAUUUUCAAAAUUCCCUUGUAAAAAAGAAUCCAAAAAAGAGCUUUUUGGAUGAAGUAAAAAAAAAGAUAUACAGCUGGUCAUAUAAUCGUGGUUAUAUAGAUUUUUUCUAUACUAGGGUUUUUAUCCUAGGUAUAAGAAGAUUAGCCGAACUAACGCAUUUUUUUGAUAAAGGUGUCAUUGAUGGAAUUACCAAUGGAGUAGGUCUUGCUGGUUUUUGUAUAGGAGAAGAAAUCAAAUAUGUAGGGGGAGGGCGAAUAUCGUCUUAUCUAUUCUUUUUUUUAUGUUAUGUAUCCUUGUUCUUAUUCUUUAUUCCAUGAAAAUGGAUUAUUCCAUGAAUUCCUCAAAACGAGGCUCAUCAAAAUGCAAAAUCUAAGACUACUAUAAGACUACUAAUAAAAUAAGAAAAAAAUGAGAACGAUUAAAUUACUUCUCCCGAAUAUCCAACUGACUUAUUAAUUUCUUAUAACGUACUCUAUUUUUCUUUGCCAAAUAAGCCAGCAAACGUUGACGUUUUCCCAAAAGUCUUCGUAGACCUCUUUCCGAUGAAAAAUCUUUUUUGUGUAAUUCUAAAUGUGAAGCAAGUCUCCGUAUCUUAUUGGUGAAACUGAAUACUUGAAAUUCAACAGAACCCCUGUUUUCUUGUUUUUCUUCUUUAACCAUAAAUCAACAAAUUUUUCUACCUCCUUUCUUUUUCAUGUAUUUUUCUGAUCAGGAAAAAUAAAAAAUUAUGUCAGUUAUUUUUAAGUUAUUCUAAUCUCGUACACACAAAAAUUUGCAAUUAUUCAUCUACUGCUGGAAUCUGGAAUUUGGAUUUAUUUUAUCGAUGCAAAUUGGAUUUGGAUAGAAGGGUACAUUCUUUUAUUUUAGAUAGAAGAAACAUUUCUUCUAUCUAAAAUAAAAGAAUUUUGCUGAUUUAUUUAUUGCUAUAUCCAAUUUAUAGAAUUGAUAUACCAUUUAAUUGAUAUCAUUUAGCAAAAUGAAACACAGCAUAUGCAUCCAUCUUUGGGCUCGAGAAUUUCACGGGAUAGAGAUAUAGUAUAAGAAAUAGGCUAUUAAGUAACUCUAAAUGAAUUGUGGAUACAUCUGUAUCCUUAACAUACUGAAACGACUGCCAUUAUUCGUAUCAAACCAAUAGCGAUUCAUAAAAGCUAAAUCUUGUAAUCAAUGGUGGGCCAAUA